UAAGAGCUUCUUUCUCCUAAAUUUGCCAUUAUUACUCUCCACGCUCGACUCAUACGGCCUACAACCUUGCUAUCAGCACCGAUUUAAGUCCGCUCCAGCAUUCCAUCACUUCUCUAUAGAUGCGUUUUCUUCUUAGUACUUUUUCUGCUGCUAGACCAACUGUGACUACGAUUAGACGAGCCUCAUCUUUCACCUUUUCUUCAUACAAAGUUUGCUUAUCUACAAUGACCGCGACCACAGCUCCUAAGCCGAAUGGCAAUGGAAAACACGAGGUCAAGAUUCUCAUGCUUCAUGGCUACACACAAUCUGGCGCUCUAUUCCGAGCCAAAACUCGUGCCUUGGAGAAGACACUUGUCAAAUUACUCAACCCUAUCUCACUUCUCCCUGUCUUCCUUUAUGCCACUGGUCCCAACCGCCUAAGUCCAGAAGACAUUCCAGGCUAUCAACCCCCUGAGGAGCCUCAGCCAGAGGACUACCAACCCGAUACAUGGGCAUGGUUCCGCAAAGAUGAAGCCACCGGAAAUUAUCGACUGUUCGACGAGGGCAUGGCUACUGUUGGACAUGCCAUUCGAGAAGCAGAGGGCAUCGAUGCAGUGUGCGGUUUCAGCCAGGGUGGUGCCAUGGCUGCACUUGUAGCAGCUGCUCUUGAGCCAGAACGCACUCUGCCUGAAGGAAAGGAGGGAGAUUGGGCGAGAGGCCUCAGAGAAGCAAACUCUGGGAAGGCUCUUAAGUUCGUUGUUUCGUACUCCGGAUUCUGGGCCACCCCCAACUCGCUCCAGUUCUGCUAUGAGCCCAAGAUCAAGACUCCUUCAUUACACUUCCUUGGUAGUCUUGACACAGUGGUUGACGAGAGUCGAAGCCGAGCUCUCACAGAUCGUUGUCAAGACCCUCUCGUACUUGUUCACCCAGGAGGUCACCACGUACCUGUGUCCAAACAGUGGGCAGCGCCUCUGGCUGGCUUCAUCAAGGAGCAUGGUCAGAACAAUGAGCAUAGAGUAGAGCGGUAAUGAAAAUUCUUGUCGAGGGAUGAUUUUUUGUUGCGACGUUCUCAUUGAAUUUUGGGAAAACGCAUAUAGACUAAGACGCAUACGAAUAGAUAGACUUGGUGAAAUACACCAAAUACCAUGUCAUACGUCCUCAUCCCGAGGACUAUCUAACCUGUAUAAUUACAGACCACCCAAACCGUCAUGAAUUAUGAACUGCUCUAUCCUGUACUCCAAAAUCUUAUUUGGCAGGCUGG